AUGGGAGUGACCGGGAUCACACUGGAGUGCCCGGCGCCGGGCCGGGACUACAACUCCCGGCGUGCUCCGCGCGGCGGCCACACCCCCGCCGUGCCUCCCGCAGCCAGGACUACAUGUCCCAUCGCCCCCCGCGCCCGGCCGGAAGCGGCGGAGGUGGGUCAGAGGGGCCUGGCCCGUCCUGUCAGCGCUGUGACCCCUGUCCCUGUCUCCUCCAGGACCUACUUCCCCGGGCAGGAGCAGCAGGUGCGCUUGAUCUACCAGGGGCAGCUGCUGCGUGACGAUUCCCAGAGCCUGGCGGGGCUGCACCUGGGCCACCUGAGCGUCCUGCACUGCCACCUGUCCCCGCCCAGCGUGGCCCCCACGGCUCCCGGCAGCCCUGGUCCCCGCAGCCCCGCGCCCGCCGCGCUGGGCGUGGGCAGCCUGGCGCUGCCACUCUUCGUGCUGCUGCUGGCCCUGCUCUGGUACCUGCAGCUGCAGCACCGCCACGUCUUCACCGCCACCGCCACCACCUGCCUGGCCGGCCUCACCCUGCUCGUCACCUUCGUGGCCUUCGCCAUGUACCGCAGAUAGCGCGGCUGGACCAGCGCCUGGGACACAGGGACCAGAGCCACACCUGGGACACUCAGAGCCUGCCCAGCCCACCUGGGACAUGGAGGGCUCUGCAUUCAGCCCACUCAACAUAUCGGGGGCACGUGGGUGCAACUGCACCUGAAACGGGGGGUCUGGUCCCUGGGCUGUGUCCCCCACGGGUCCAGGAGUCCCGGGCAGGUGCCCAACCACACCCUGUCUGCACACAGGGGCUGUCGCAGGAGUGGUGGCUCAGCUACCUCGGGGGGGUUCUGGUGCCCCCGUCCCUGCAUGGACCAUCCCCCCAGGCACUCUGCGUGCAGAAGCUCCUCGGGUGUGGUCCUGCUCGGGGUGGUGUCUGUGCCCGCAGAGCUUCUCCUCUUUGGAAUACAGCGUGGCUGCUCCUGGGGAUCCCGGUGCCUGGGGGGGGACACGAGCCCAGGGGUGCCGAGGGUCCCGGUGCCGGCGGGAUGCACUCCUGAGGUCGCGGUGCCGGGGGUGGCUGCACUCCCCACUGUCCCGGGGGUUCCAGUGCUGUGUUGGGGGGUCCCGCCCCCCAGCGCCGUUCCGAUUAAAGCGGAAGGACUGUGAGCGGC